AGCAACCGUUGCCAGGAAGUGACGUUGUAUAGUUACUAGGCACCACGUCACGGUCACAGCAGUCAGCUGUAGCCCGCUAACGAAGAUUUGCAUGUUUGCGUUUCAUUUAUUCGUCUUCUCUCAACGGAAUAAGGUUACAGCCUCUCUAAAGAAGUAAAUGCAACCGUAAGUGAAACACUGUUUACCUUGCGAGGUUCAGUGUGUUGGGCAAGACUGCCAUGUUCAACCCCAGUGAACUAGAAGGUGAAGUGGAUCAUUCGUUUUUUGACAGUGACUGUGACGAUAGCAGCGUCAGCAGAGAUGGAGGGAAAAAAAUGGAGAAAGGCUUGAAGGCUGAAAAAGAGAGCCCACCACCACAUGAGAUGCUACAUGCAAAACAGACUGAAAAUAGAAAAGGUAGUUUGUCUCCGAGGACUGAUGAGACAAAAAAACACCUGAAGACAGUCGAAAACAAAAGUAGUAGCAGGGCAGAAAGGAAAGAGAACAACUGUCAAUCAAAGAAAGAAGAGAGGAGCAGGGCGUCCAGCACAUCAUCUGUUGCCUGUACAUCAGAUAAAGUCAUCAAUGAUAGCAGUGAUAGUGAGGAAGACUCUAAUUUGCACUCUAAAAGGCACAAUGAAACAUUUAUGGCUUUGUUGGCUGAGACCAGAGAGGAACCUUAUAAGGAUGUGUACAACCAGAGUCCAAAUGAGACUGAAGAAGAAGCAUUACCAUCCAUUGCUAAAAAUAAACAACCUCCUAAAAAACAGAUGAUAAAUUGGCGCACCAGGAGUCCAUCCCCCACUUCAACCGAGGCCAGCGUAGACUCAGAGAGCUCCUGUAGCAGUAGCAAUGGGAGAAGCAGUUUAGGGUCCCCUACCCUUCCCAGGCCCAACAAGUCUCUGUCCCCUGGAGUGAGAAGGACCCGAGUGGGCUCAGCAGGAUCUCAGGAUGUGCCUUCCAGCCGUACAGAGGAGUCAGAGGAUACAGUGACAGAUGUGAGCCCUCUCUCCUCUCCUGACUCUAGCCCACUCCAGUCGUUGGACCUGAACCACAAAGAGGCUGAAGAGGGAAGUCUUAAAGAGCAGCAGCGGGAGAGUGUGCCCUCCAGUGGCCUUUGCAACAUACAUCAAGAUGAGGUCUCAGAUCAGGAUGUAGAUGAGUGCUCUCUCAGUUCAGAGAGUCAGCUUAGAGGCAAACUGCUCUUCCGCUGUCCUGGAGGGAGAAACAGGAAGAACUACUCGUUCACCAAUGAUGAGGUCCGAUGCAUAGACCGCGAGAACCAGCGACUUCUUCGGGAGCUUUCACGCAUUUCUCCGGGGCCCAGACCUGGGAGUACAGCGGGGACGAAAACCUGCAUGGCCAGUAACUUGCCUCACAUUCGCCUCUCUCACAGCGCACUCAACAGGCUGCGGGAACAGCAGCGCAUCGAGAGGGAGAACCUGGCUUUCCUGAAGAGGCUGGAGUCCGUCAAGGCCACACCAGGCAUAAAGCGCUCAGAACAACUGGCAGACUACCAGCGACAAGUUGGAUACCUGGGAGCUCCUUCAUACCCCAUCUGUAUGUCCACCACACAUAAGGAGAGGUCUACCAGCAAGACACCCACAGGUAUUAAAUCAGGUCCCAGGCCGGUCAGUUCUGCCCACCACAGCUCCAGAGCAGUUUCCACCACUGACUCCGGCAGCACACCCAGACCCAGGUCAAAAAAACUGAGUGCAGCCCGACCAGCCUGGUGCUGAGAACACUGCUGUUUUCAGAUAUCUAAUCUACAAAUAAGCACAUCGCUGGUUUCCUUUAGGCAUCUAUUGGUAGCCAUUCAUCACAAAAGUUUGGAAGGUACUACGCUUGAAGGAUCUUUGUUUUUUUUCAUUCAUUUCACCAUUCUUUUAGUUGACUUUAUCGACUAUUCAUUCGAUUUGUGUUGUCAUACUUUUCAAUUAUAAUUUCCACUCUUCAAUGCUGAAAUAUAGCAAAUGAUGCUCUGAGCUCAAAGCUAUUGUAAUGUAUUUGAAUAGUUUAAUUGUGGCUUCUGAAUACUGCAGUAACUCUCCACAACACAUACCAUAUCGUAAUAUUAGCUAGCUGUGUUUUUGUAGGAUAUAUUGCCUAUACUUUAACAGCCGUGUUGAAAUAACAAUUUGUUGUUUAUUAGUUCGUUGAGUGUUAUUUCCAUUAAAUAUGCAAUUGUAUUGUUUGCCCCCUUAUUUCACAUUUGUACAAUUUAUGAUGCACUAGAGAAUUAUGUAUUUGAACAAUUAAAAAAUAUUUUAAAUAUUA